AUGCAGUUCAUCACUGUUAUUAUUGCUACUCUGGCCGCUGUUGCAACUGCUGCUCCUUCUCCUGAUGCUUUCGAGAAGCGCACCUGCGUAGGCAACUACAAGGCUGCCUGCCAGAAUGGUGGCAUCGCUUGCUGUGACGGCUGGCAAUGCGUUGGCGCCACUGAGUGGAGCGAUGGUGUUUGCAUCCCCAACUACUAG